AUGUUUGUGAAGCUCCUCACAACGGUCUUCUUCUUCAUUAGCCUACUUUCUCAAUUCCUAAAAUCCUCUUCCCAAACUCUUGACUUCACUUACAAUGGCUUCCCUCCUCCACUGAGUGACAUAUCUCUCCAAGGGAUCGCCACCGUCACACCCAACGGUUUACUGAAGCUAACCACACAACCGUGCAGCAAACCGGUCACGCUUUCUAUACCAAACCUGUCCGGUUCAAAGAUUCUCCAAACGCACCGUCUCGUCAUUCUCCACAACCUUUGUCUUCGCUAUCCACUCUCAGAUCGCGAUCUUAGCGGACACGGCAUAGCCUUUGUCGUCGCUCCUAACGCAAGCCUCCCAUUCGCCGGUGCCAGCCAAUACAUGGGUCUCUUCAACGUCACGAACAACGGUGAUGACACAAAUCACGUGUUCGCUGUCGAAUUAGACACGAUUCAUAUUCCGAGUUCAAUGAUUCCGACGAUAACCAUGUCGGAAUCGAUAUCAACAGCUUGA